ACCCCUGAGCACAGCAGGAAUGGUAAAGUGCGGUGAGUAAGCUAUUAAACUUUCCUCCUCAGAGCUGCUCGAACUGUCCCGUCUCGUCAUUCAGCGACAAUGGGUUCAGUGUGAGCCGAGAACAGCACCAUCUUUUUAUUCUGAGCUGGACUGAUCCACAAGGAGGAUGAGUCUGGAACUUUUCAGCUGGGUUCAUCUGUCGCUGCAGGAGUCUGAUGGGAACUACAGCAUCAAGCCAAAGGAGGAUCUGGACUCACACCUCAACUCCAGCAUCAUCAGCAGCACGGAGACUCUGUGUAGCCACUUAUAUAAGGGCUCGUCUCCCUACGGCUCGUUAAACAACAUCGUCAAGGGCCUGAGUUUACUGACGGACAGCUUCUCUGACCUCUCGCUGACCUCUGAACCCAGAAAGCCCUGCAAGAAACCUCCACCCAACUACCUGUGCCACCUGUGCUUCAAUAAAGGCCACUACAUCAAAGACUGUCCGCAGAGGUUUUCUGGGCAGGCUCGUCAGAGGUGUUUCGGCGAGUACAAGUGUCCCAAAUGCAAGAGGAAGUGGAUGAGUGGGAACUCUUGGGCGAACAUGGGUCAGGAGUGCAUCAAAUGCCACAUCAACGUCUAUCCUCACAAACAGCGUCCUCUGGAGAAACCCGACGGUCUGGACGUAUCGGACCAGAGCAAAGAACAUCCUCAGCCUCUGUGUGAGAAGUGUAAGGUGCUCGGAUACUACUGCCGUCGUGUUCAGUGACCUCUGACCCCUGAAGACCCCCGUCACACCAGCUCAUUCCUCACUGACUGUGCUCCGGGGACAUAUGAGUAUAACACAGAAAAUGAUGUUUUGAAUGAUGCAUUGGUGGUUGUUAACAUAAACGGCGCACUGUAAUUAAAACUCACGUUCACAUGAGACAAUUAUGAUUAAAUCACUUAACGACCUCGGUUCAUUUAGUUCAGUGCAUGACUGUGUAAACAAACAAAAAUGAUCUCAAUUAUUUAGAAAUUAUUCUCUGUGGUGAUCAGCAUUAGGUCACAACUCACUGCUGCUAUUUUAUGAAACCUUUAAAUAUUAAAAUUUAAAUUGACCUUCAGUUUAGCAGCUUUUAAUACAUCAUUCAGACAGAUAUAUAUAUUUUCUUCAUGGUGCAAGUACUGGAUAUUUGAUAUCAGGUUAGUUGCUGUGAAUUCACAUGAUGUGAAAACAUGAAAUAUUCCUCUAAAGCGUUUAAUAAAACACAUUGCAGGGCAAUAAUUUACUAGCAGGACAUCAGUGUGGCUCAUUCCUGUUCUUCAGAACCAGUAAAUACUGGAUAUUACACAAUAAUGAGAUGAAAUGAUGUGAUCACUCAAGUGCCUGUUUGUGUAUUCGGGUAAAAAUAUGAACAAUAAUAGUGACAGCAGUAGAGAUCAGAACAUUAACCGUAUUAAUACUGCAGCUUUACUUUUACAAUGUGAUGCUCGUUUAUUCUGAAUGAAGUCUGUGCCUGUGUUUUUGAAAAAUGCUUUAUAAUAUCUCAUAUUCAGAGGCCUCGGAAGCAAUCUGAAAAAUGCAAAAAAAUAACACUGUCUGGUCUGAAUGGAUAAAACAAUCAAAUGUUGAAAAUCAAGACCGAAAGCGUUCUUUGUUGGUGUUUGUAAAUAUCUCUCGAUGACUGUGCAUGUGUGUUUUGUUCACUUAUAAUUUUCAAUUUUCAAAUGCAAAACCUAUUUGUAAGACUCAAGUGCAUUUGGUUUUAAAUCAGAAAUCAGUUCAUCUAACUGGUUCAAGAUCUUUUUACACGAGGGACAGUAAAUAUUACAGCUCGUAUGAAGGCAGCGUGUCAUUAAUAACCUGCGAAGCAGAAAUGUGCCUUAUACGCUCUCACAGAUCAAUCUGUAAAUACAAAUAAAGCACUAAAACAUCAA